AUGAAUAAAAGAUUUAAUAGUGUUCCUCGUUUAAAAAUUGCUACAUCAUUCUAAGUUGAAUAAAAUAGUAUUGGAAAUUCACCUACUCUAUUUCAUACACCAAGAAGAUAAGUAACAGAAUCAAAUAAAUAAAAUUAUUUUCAUUAAUUAUCCUAUUAAGACUAAUGGAAAUCAGAGAGAUUGAUUAAAUAUGUUAGACAUAAAAUAAUUGAUACGGGAAUUAAUAAGAAAUAAGGUUUUUAAGAAGUUUUUAUUAUUAACAAUUUCAAAGUAUUUAAGUAUUACAUUCCACUGUAUUAAAAAAUUGACAAUGAAAGUGAGCUCAUUUCUGAUUUUAUUGAAUAAUGUAUGCAUCUAAAAACUCUUUUAAGUUUAAAAUCUACUCCAAAAAUUUGGAUUUUAGAUGGUACUUAGAUUAAAAAUUUUCACUUGCCAAAUUAGAAAGUAUUUUAUAUAAAUAACAGUUUUGAUUUCUGGAAUAUGAUAACUCAUUAUAAUUAAUUUAAUGGUUCCUUUUAAAUGAACUUAAUAGAAUAACUUUAUAAUGAUAUCUAAAAAUUAUAAAAUUCUUCUCAAAUCUUUGAUUAUUUUUUUAGUAACAAUAGCAUAAUAAAAUAAUAUUUUACCAUGUAAAUUAAUAAAUUACCUUACAUAUAAAACAUAUAACCAAAAAUUGAUUUGGAUGAUCAUGAAAUUGAUACUGCAUUUGCUAUGUUGGACACUGAAAAGUAGAAAACUAAAGUGCAGAUCUUUGAAUAAUUGAAUAAAGAAAUGAAUAGCAAAUCAAUUUAUUCAUAAAAAUCAAAUAAAUUAAUUAGAUUACCUAUUAAAACUAGAACAAGAUAAUCAAUUGAAAAAUAAAUAUUAUAAGAAAAUAUCAUCAAUCCUGAAGAUUUAUAAUAAUAAAUUUAAGAACAAGUAGUAUGUUCUAAUAUAUUCAUACCUUCAACUCAAAAUAUUGAAAUUUCAUAAGUUAACAAUCCAUUUCAAUUAAAAACAAAUUUAAAAGAUAGAUAUUUUAUGAAAAAUGUAAAUAUAGAUAAAAUUUAAAUGGAUUACAAAAUUACAAGAAGAUAAACUAUUAACUUUUUAACAAUUUUUAAAUGUUUACUCAAUCGUGAACCUCUACCAAACAAAUAAUUGAUAUCCAAAGCUAACUUACUCUUAGCUUAUCCAUAUCUAAUGAUGGAGGGAUAAUCGUGUGGUUAUGAUACAUUCUUAUUUAUUAAAGAAACAAAGAUGUCUAAGUUUAGCUUUGAAGAAUUUGUCAAAAUUUUUACUUAAGGCAAAGCAUGA